UCCUCUCUCUCUCUCUCUCUCAGCUUACUUCCUUCUCUCUUCACUCUCUCCUCCAUUUCCGAUUCCGCAAAUUCAUCCUUCUCCGAUUCCGCAAAUUCGCCUUCUUCUCGGCGUCAUCUUCUUCGGUCCCAUCUCCUUGUUCUUCACUCCUCUCAGCCUCUAUCAGUCGCAGCACCACUCGCACACUCACACCAGGUUAAAUUUGGUGAUAGCCAUGCCGGACGUGCACUCCCUUGUGAAUGAUUUCCUCAUUAAGCUUAAAAAGCGUAAAAUUGAGGGCUCGCAGGCUACUGCAAAACAGACGGCUGAAUUGAUUCGGUCGGUAAUUUCAGCACAGCGGGUGCCCUACACAAAUCAAGCCAGAGCAUUGAUUGAUGCUGUGAAUGCUGUUGGGGAGCGGUUGAUUGCUGCAAAUCCUAUUGAGCUUGCUGUGGGUAAUAUUGUGAGGCGUGUUUUGCACAUUAUUAGGGAGGAGGAUCUUUCUCUCACUACUGCCGCUAUGGCUGGGUUGAACAUGACAACUGUUAGUGAUGAUGAAGAUGAUGGUGACCAUGACAACCAUUCGACUCUAUCUGCCGCUGUUGUUGCGGCUGCUGCAAGAAGCACACUGCGUCCACCAUCUUUGCAAACACUGCUUGAGGACAUUCCUGAUGUAGCAGCUGUUCCUCAUACUUCUUCAUCUGGGGGUGAUUCUGAAGAAAAAACCAAAUCUGCUGAUAAAAGUUCAAGAAGUCGGAAGCUGAAGCAUGAUGUUAUUGAAGCAGUCAAUGAACUUAUACAAGAUAUUGGCACUUGCCAUGAACAGAUUGCUGAGCAAGCAGUAGAGCACAUUCACCAUAAUGAGGUUAUAUUAACUUUAGGUAGUUCAAGAACUGUACUGGAAUUUCUUUGUGCUGCAAAGGAGAAAAAAAGAUCGUUUCGGGUUUUUGUUGCUGAGGGAGCUCCAAGGUAUCAGGGGCAUCUUCUUGCUAAAGAACUAGUUGCAAGAGGUUUACAGACCACGCUGAUCACUGAUUCAGCAGUUUUUGCCAUGAUAUCCCGAGUCAACAUGGUUAUUGUUGGCGCUCAUGCUGUCAUGGCCAAUGGAGGGGUUAUAGCACCUGUCGGGUUGAAUAUGGUAGCACUUGCAGCGCAAAGGCAUGCUGUCCCUUUUGUUGUACUUGCUGGCAGUCACAAGUUGUGCCCUUUGUAUCCUCACAAUCCCGAAGUGUUACUGAAUGAGUUAAGAUCUCCUUCUGAGCUGCUGGACUUUGGGGAGUUCUCGGAUUGCAUGGAUUUUGGAAGUGGCACUGCUUCUUCUCUGCUUCAAGUUGUCAAUCCUACAUUUGAUUAUGUGCCACCAAAGCUUGUCAAUCUAUUUAUCACUGAUACGGGAGGGCACAAUCCGUCGUACAUGUACCGGCUUAUCGCAGAUUAUUAUUCUGCUGAUGAUUUGGUGGUCCAACGAAGGCCUGUAUAGGCAGUUGAGUUCAGCUCCCACAUGUUUAUCAUAUUCUUGGUUUCAGGUAGUACAGAAAGCUAUAAUGGUUAUGGAUGGAUGAAGCGGAAAUUGAAAUUAAACUGUAAUCGUGCUGAACCACAAGGAGCGCUAUCAUCGUGCUGGAGGAGUAGCAAUACGAAGUAUGAUAAGUAAGUGAAACAAAGAGAGCCAAUUUUGUGUAUGUGGCCAUUUAGGAAGUGUAGAGCUGUAUUGAUACAGAAGUGAAUCGACGUCGGUGAUUUUUUGUGAUCGUGGAAGGACAAAUGGAAAGGCAUAUUGUUUCCCCUAAUAAGAUGGAUGUUGUAUUGCAUAUUUUAUCUUGUUGCAAAUUGUUCUUCA